GAACUAGAGAUUGCACGCGUCGCGCUUUCGGCUCCUUCGUGGCUGUUCGACUUCGCUCGACGACUUUCCCUUCCUAUCGGAUCGGAAGUUACGACAUUUUGAUCGGAAGCAACAACGGGAGCUCGCUGUCUGUGAAGCUCUUGCUGUUUUUCAGGCUUGGAGUUUUCGGCUGCGAUGACACGGCAAAUGACGUUUGGUGCUUAAUAAGAAAAACCUUGCGUGAACCCAGUGCUAAACCUAUAUCCGUUGAAAUUGCCGUAGUUUGAUCAGCUUCCAAAAUGUCCGAGGCGCGGUUGCGACCUGAUGAGGCGGCAUCUGAGACUGUGGAGUCUAUCGAUUUCAGCUUUUACUCCGCAGACGAGGUUAGGAAGAUAAGCUUCAAGGAAAUCACGAACGCAGAACUUUUUGAUAUCAAGGAAUCACCUGUUCCGGAUGGAUUGUAUGACCCGGCAUUGGGACCGAUGAAGGAGCUUGAUACGUGCAAAUCUUGUGGCCAACAAGAUUUACAAUGCCCGGGUCACUAUGGUCAUAUUGAGCUUGCAAGAUCAAUUUACAAUCCAUUGAUGUUUAGGAAUCUUAAAAAUCUUCUUCAAAUUGCUUGUUUAUAUUGCCAUAACUUUAGGAUGGGAGAAAAAAAGGUUCUCAGAUAUGUUUCCAUCCUGAACCUUAUCAUUGAAGGCAACAUUACUGCGGCCAAAAAGAUGGCAACCAACUUUUGGGAUGAGGUAAUUUUUGGGGCUGAAGAUACAAAGCAGCACUCUGAUUCACUUUCAGAUUCAAAUUAUUUGGAAAGAAGGUGGACCUCUAUUCAGCAAGCUGAAGCUGCUUCUGUUCUACUGGAAAUUAUGAAAGAAACGCCUAAGAAGUGCGAUUACUGUAAAAAAAGUAAUCCCAGGCUUCAGAGCCGUACAUUUGGUUGGUUAGAAAAGUUUUUCCCACGUUCUGAGUUUAGCGUCAAGGCUAUUGAAGAUUAUAGCUUAGGAACUGCUUCAGAGGGUGAUGGAGAACUAUUGGAUCCCGCAAAAUCUUCAAAGAGAACCAAUCGAUCUAGAGAGCUACCUCCUGAAUUUUUAAAGCAGAUAGCGUCAUCUAGAAGGGUUGAUCUGCCACCAACGGAGGCUGAAGGUAUUUUAAAAGAUUUAUGGAAGAAGGAAUCAAAGCUAUGCAUGCUUAUAUGUGACAUUCAAUGCAGACGUUUAAGGAAUUUUGAGAGAGAAAAAGGUUAUGCAAUGUUUUUCCUGAAGGCUCUUCUUGUUCCACCUAACAAGUUUCGUCCUCCUGCUUCUAGCGGGAAAGAGUUGUUGGAACACCCUCAAAAUAUUUUAUUGGGCCGAGUGCUGGAUUCGAACGUCGCUUUAGGCAAAGCUAGUCACCAAUAUGUCUUGCAAAAGUGGCGGGCCCUUCAAAACAGUGUAAAUUUGCUGUUUGAUUGUACGAAGGGGUUUGGUAGAAGUGAUAGAGUCCUAAAUGGCAUCCGCCAGUUGGUAGAUAGGAAGGAAGGCAUGCUUCGCCAGAAAAUGAUGGGAAAGAGGGUUAACUUUGCAUGCCGAUCUGUAAUAUCUCCAGAUCCUUACCUAGCAGUCAAUGAAAUAGGAAUUCCUCCUUAUUUUGCUCUCAGGUUGACAUAUCCAGAGAGAGUAACUUCCUGGAAUGCUACUAAGCUGAGACAAGCUAUCUUGAAUGGUCCUGAUGUUUAUCCCGGAGCAACACAUUUCAUGGAGAGAGAGAAGUUCUAUACAUUGGAAGCAGGUUACAUUGGACUUAUACCAAGUAUGGACAUGCGAAAUGCAAUAGCUAGGAAAUUGCCUACAUCAAGAGCGAUUACUAAGGUGGGAAUGGGCCCAGAAACUAAACUAGAAGGGAAAAUUGUAUAUCGUCAUUUGCAAGAUGGGGAUAUCGUGCUGGUUAAUCGACAGCCGACGCUGCACAAGCCUAGUAUGAUGGCUCAUGUUGUACGGGUAAUGAAGGGAGAAAAAACAAUUCGUAUGCACUAUGCUAAUUGCAGCACUUACAAUGCUGACUUUGAUGGAGAUGAAAUGAACGUUCAUUUUCCUCAAGAUGAGAUUUCACGGGCUGAGUCUGUUCACAUCGUUGAUGCCAAUAAACAGUAUAUUGUUCCAACCAGCGGGGAUCCCAUAAGAAGCUUGAUUCAGGAUCACAUUGUGAGUGCUGUCAUCCUAACAAAGAUAGACACAUUUCUAACCCGUGAAGAGUUCACUCAGCUUUUAUAUGCUUCCUGUGUACCAACCCCAGCUUAUAGUUCUCAAGCUGUUAAGUUUGGCAAAAAGAUUUCUGCUUUAGUUGCUGUUGAUGAUAUUCAACUCCCUCCUCCUGCUAUAUGGAAGCCAAAACUGCUGUGGACAGGAAAGCAGGUUAUUACGGCAAUUCUACACCAUAUUAUAAAGGGUCAUGAACCACUUACUGUUGAAAAAGAGGGAAGAAUUCCCAUGGAGUAUUUUGGAAAAGAUGCUACUGAAAGGAAGUUGUUUGUUUACAACAACGACCUUGUGCAUGGGAUUAUUGACAAAGCUCAGUUUGGAAAAUAUGGUUUAGUUCAUACUGUUCAUGAACUCUAUGGCCCAGACAUUGCUGGGCAAUUGCUUGCAGUGUUCAGUCGCCUAUUCACUUUUUUUCUUCAGAUGCAUGGUUUUACAUGUGGAGUGGAUGAUCUUUUGGUUUUCCGAGAUUCGGAUAUGAAGAGGGAAAGAAUAUUGGAAAACAGUGAAAGAUGUAGUGAAGAUGUUCAUUCCCGGUUUACAGCAGCAGCAGCAGCAACAAAUGAUUUUGAAGAUCCAUUGAAGCUGCUCAGAGAAACUGAGAAAGUUGUCAGGAGAAAUGGAGAAUCUGCAACAAAACGGCUGGAUAGGAUGAUGUCAAAUGCUCUGAAUGCUCUUACUUCAGAGGUUAAUCUUGUACUAUUUCCUGGUGGCUUGCAGAAACCAUUUCCAAAUAACUGCCUGUCUCUGAUGACGUUAACUGGAGCAAAAGGUGGUUUGGUUAAUAUGACACAAAUAUCAUCGUUGUUAGGCCAGCAAGAACUAGAAGGUCAACGUGUUCCACGUAUGGUUUCUGGGAAAACUUUACCGUGCUUUCCCGCAUGGGAUAUUUCAUCUCGAGCUGGAGGUUUUAUUAGUGAUCGUUUUUUGACUGGUUUGCGCCCUCAAGAGUACUACUUCCAUUGCAUGGCUGGUCGUGAGGGAUUGGUGGAUACUGCUAUCAAAACAUCCCGCAGUGGAUAUCUCCAGCGAUGUUUGGUGAAGAAUCUUGAAUGUUUAAAAGUUUGUUAUGAUCAUACAGUACGUGAUGCAGAUGGAUCUAUCAUUCAAUUUACAUAUGGUGAAGAUGGAGUUGACGUACAGAAGAGCAGUUUUCUUGGUAAAUUUGAAGCCCUCCUGAUGAAUCAGAAAGUACUUCUUGAAAAUUUGAAUGCUCAACUUGAAAAUGCCCAUUUAUCAAAGUCAAAUGGCUACAUUAAAGAAUUACCCAGUGAACUCAAGGAAAAAGCUAUGCACUUUUUUAGUCGACUCUCGAAGAAUCCAAAAGGCUAUUUUUAUCAGAUUAAGAGAAAAGACCUGAUGAAGUUAGUGAAACUUAAGUACCUAUCAAGCCUUGCUGAACCUGGUGAAGCAGUUGGUGUGCUUGCUGCUCAGUCGGUUGGGGAGCCUUCAACGCAGAUGACGCUCAACACUUUUCACCUUGCUGGACGUGGAGAGUUGAAUGUGACGCUUGGUAUACCUCGUUUGACUGAAAUACUGAUGCACGCAACUGUGAGCAUCAGUACUCCUGUUAUGACCUGCCCUUUGCUUGAUUGGCGAUCCAGGGAGGAUGCUGAAUUCAUUGCUGCGAAGCUGAGGAGAAUUUGUUUAGCGGAUGUUAUAGAGAGUAUAGAGGUCUCCACUGUGCCAUUCUCUACUAGUGGAAAAGAGGUGUACACCCUAUAUAAGUUAAUAUUGAAACUUUACUCUCCUGUGUUUUAUCCUCCACAUUCGGGUAUUACCUUGGAAGUUUGCAUGGAGACCUUGCAAACAAUUUUUAUCAAAGAGAUGGAAGAAGAAAUAACCAAGCACUUGUUAUUGUCAUCUAAGAUUAAGAGCUUUACAAGAACCUCUUUCAAGGAUUUUGUAUCGGAUGAGGCUGAUUUAGAUGAACCUGCAAGCCAUGAAGCAAUGGAAAGUAAAAAUGUUAUUGAAGAGAAUGCUGACAAUGUUCAUGAAAGUAAUGAUGAUGAUGAUGAUGACGAUGAUAAUGUUAUGGAUGCGGAAGACCUAGGCGCUGAUGCUGAGAAGAGUAAGAGGCAGGCCAAUGAUGAAAUUGAAUACGAUGAUAAUAUUGAAAAUGAAAUGUCGGCUUCGGACGAUGAAUAUGAUGGCAAGCAAUCUGAAUCUGAUGUUGAAUCUGUUCUUGGCGAUAAAGAAGAUUAUGACAUAGGAGGUCAAGAUCCCAGCACUGCAUCGAAGGAAGAAGUAUCUCAAACCCCAUCAACAAUUGCAUCAACUGCUUCGCAUAUUGCCCCGGAGAAGGAAGUAAAGUCCAAAGUCAAAACGAAGGUCAUUAAAAGAUGUGGCAAAAGGAGUGGUAGAGUGCUUCUAGCGGAGUCCAAAGGAUUGGAAUUUGAAAUCCAUUUCAAGUUUUGUCAAGAUGAACCUCCAGUUUUACUGGGAGAGCUUGCUCUGAAGACGGCCAAGCGUGUAUACGUCAAGGCAUGCAAGAACAUUGAGCGUUGCUCAGUGGUGGAACCAAAGCUAAGCGGCGAUCCCCUCUCGCUCCAGACUGCAGGGGUGAACUUGAAUGUGCUCUUGAACUUAUAUGAAUACAUUGAUAUCAAUAAGAUUGUCACAAACGAUAUUCAUGCAAUGCUGAAAACAUAUGGUGUGGAAGCUGCAAGAGCGACCAUCUUAAAUGAGGUGAAGGGCGUCUUCGAUGCUUAUGGCAUUCAGGUCAACAUAAGACACUUGAUGUUGAUUGCAGAUGCAAUGACCUGCAAUGGCGAGUAUCGUCCCUUGAAUCGUCUUGGAAUGCAGAAGUACAGCACUUCUCCUUUCUGUACGAUGUCGUUCGAGACCGCGACUAACACCAUCUCAGAGUCUGCUUUCCAUGGUUAUGUGGACACCAUGGACUCACCUUCAGCUUGUGUCUCCCUUGGCAAGAUAGUGAAGGUUGGUACAGGUGGCUUUGAUUUGCUGCAGAACAUACAGUUAUGAUAAGUUUAAUGGUUUUUCUCUAUUUAUUUUUAGAGAAGUAAAAUUAUGGCAGAGCUUGUUUUGUAUUUAUGAGUGAAAUAACAAUAGACAGCGGCUUUUCUAUUAUCUUUUUCUUAAGCAAUUUUAAUGCAAGUCUCUUGAGGAAAGUCUAUCACA